GAACAAAUUCAAACUGUGGCCUUGAGGGCUGACAUCGUAUUGUCUAUAUCACAUCUGCGAUAUUUCUAAUUGUUUUCGAUUGCUUCCAUUGAUAAAUUAGUAUAUUUGCAAAUCUAUUUAUUUGUUAAUUACCCAACCUUUGGGAAGAUUUGUCAUUCUACUCAUUUCAAAGUAUCAAAUAAUGUUCGAAGUAUUUGGUGGAGGAUUUAUCAGAAUGAGUGUUAAGUUCAUUUAUAGAGAACCUGUAAGAUUUAUGGGAAGCCUAAACAAAGUUGUUUAUCCAUGGAUGAAUAAAAAAAAACCAUUUUGGGUUACUCAACAGACUAGUCCUUAUGUAGAUGAAGAUAUUACAUCAGAAAACAAGACAUUUUUAGAACAACAGCGUAUGGACCCACUAAUUAGUUCUACAAGCCCCGUCAUUACUGAACAAUGGACACAAGUACCAUGGAAACCCUAUGUUACACAAAGAUGCGGUCUUAUUGCAAUCAAGUUAGGAUUAUAUCCACUAUGGACUAAAACUGGAAAGAAAAUGGACUGUACUAUUUUCCAGAUUCCUGACAAUCAUGCUAUUCGUUAUACACCUCCUUCAGAGAUCGACAAAUACAUCAGCCUACUGCAUCCACGUCAUUAUUGGUUAAAUAAUAAACGACCUCCUUCCUGGAUAACUCAAAAACGUUGGGGUAUACAAUUGGUUGGAGCAGUUUCUGCUGACCCUAUCGAGUUCACUUCUGAGUGGUGUGAUUUAUUUAAAAAAGCUGGUGUACCACCAAAGCGUAAAAUAUCUCGUUUUUUGGUCAGCCCUGAUGCUGCUUUAAAACCUGGAACACCUUUGAGUGUGCAUCAUUUUCGUGUAGGUGACUAUUUGGAUAUAACUGCAAGAACCAUUAAUCGUGGCUUUGAAGGUGUUAUUGAACGUUGGGGAAUGAAAGGUGGACCUGCUGCCCAUGGUUCUACUAAAUUUCAUCGUAGAAUGGGAAGUUCUGCAGGACGUGAAGGCGUAAUCGCGCGAGGCAAACGUAUGGCAGGUGUCAUGGGUAAUCGAUUCAGAAACUUACGUGGUGUAAUGAUUGUGAGGAUUAAUCCAAAACUCGGACUUAUAUACGUACAAGGUACAACACCAGGGCCUAUACAUGCCUACUGUCAUUUGAACGACUCCUGGUUAAGAAAUCGUCGACGUGAAUUAAAUGCUAAUCCACCACCAGUUCCAACGUAUUUUCCUCCCUCUAUUGUAGAUGAAACUAAUUCAAAUCAACUCGAUCCAAGCUUGUGCCUUGAUGUUGAUGAUGAUUUUGAACAAGAUAUUUACCAUGAAUCAAUACAUCCAAGUUAUAGUCCUUCCAUUUCCUAUUCAGAAGACUCUAUGUGAAACAUAAUUUCUCUGUUCUAAGAAUGUACAUACAAUAUAAUUUCAUAGUUUCCUUUUAAGUUUUUUUUUUUUUUUUGCUCAAACUUCACUGGGCGGUUAAUGUAUGGUAUGGGAACGAACUAAAAACAAUCGCGAUGAAUUUUCAUCUACUUCUCUAGCCAAUCAGAAAGCAGCUUUUAUAAAUGGUUAGUUUUUAGAAAAGAAAACAAUAAUAUUGCAAAGUAUGAAGAGAUUUUACACGAUUACUUAGUGUAUUAACAUCUAUAAGUUAAUCUACUUGUAAAUAAAAAACAACGAACUCGUACUCAUGGAUUUAGUUUGUCCAUGUUCUUUAACGCUAAUACAGAUCCAAACAGAUUUCUAAGUCUCAACAUCAUUUUUAAUUAGGAUCAGAGUUACGGUUUUCAACACGAACUGACAUCACCUAUCAUUUAAAAAUGCACCGUAUCCGUGCAUGAGUAGACUUCGCUUAAAAAAAUUUAGAAGUUGGUAUCUGUUUAUUUCGUCCAUGAAAUGUAAUUGCAUGAGUCCAAG